CUGAGAAAGACUCGCAAAAAAGCUUCCCGUAACCGCCGCAAUUAUGGGUUGCUCGGCCUGCAACCCCUUCCCCCUUCCUCGCCAACCGUCUUCACCUUCCACUCCUGCCGCAAGCUUUACUCUCUCGAUCGCCUCCCCCUUCCCCACCCACCGCACAAUUCUUCACCUCAAUCACAACCGCUUUACGCCGCUUCAUUACUCCUCCCGACCUCUCCACAAAGGCGGCGGAAAUGGCGGAGGUGGUGGAAAUGGAGGCAGCGGCGACGACGGCAGCGGAAAUUCCUUCAAUUUCAAUCGGAAUUCACUCUUUCUUCUGCCGUGGCAUUUGAUUUUCAGCAAUAGAGAAGAAUCGCGUUCCGUAUCUCGCGCUUUACUUGUUUCCAUAGCGAGCUACUUCAUCCUCUCCUCUUCUCCGGCGCGAGCGGAAAAUGGAGAUAACGAUGAUUCCGUUUACGAAAUUAAAGGCGGAAAGAGGAUCGAGCUGCUGCCUGAUUACAGCAGAGAUGAAUUCGUGGUGCAUGAGAAAGUGUUGUUUUGGCCUUGGAGGUCAAGCGACGGGAGUAAUCCGACCUCGUCUGCGGCGACCUUGGGAGAUGUUUGGGCGAAAUGUAGGGAUUUAGCGGCGGGUUUGUUGCUGCCGGAGGGGUUCCCUGACAGCGUUACGAGCGACUACCUCGAGUAUUCUCUUUGGAGAGGGGUUCAAGGCAUUGCUGCACAAAUCAGCGGCGUGCUUGCAACUCAGGCUAUGCUUUAUGCUAUUGGUUUAGGAAAGGGGGCGAUUCCUACAGCAGCGGCAGUGAAUUGGGUGCUGAAGGAUGGGAUUGGGUAUGUAAGCAAGAUAAUGCUGUCGAAAUAUGGGAGACAUUUUGACGUGAAUCCAAAGGGUUGGAGGUUGUUUGCUGAUCUUCUAGAAAAUGCUGCUUUUGGGAUGGAAAUCUUGACCCCUGCUUUCCCUCAUCUCUUUGUUCCAAUUGGUGCAUUGGCUGGAGCUGGAAGAUCUGCAGGGGCGUUAAUUCAGGCAGCUACUAGGAGUUGUUUCUAUGCUGGGUUUGCUGCACAGAGGAAUUUUGCGGAGGUAAUUGCUAAGGGUGAAGCUCAGGGAAUGGUGAGCAAAUCAAUUGGAAUCAUGCUUGGCAUAGUAUUGGCUAAUGCCGUACAGUCUUCUACACCUCUUGCUCUUGCUUCUUUUGGUGUUAUAACUUGGGUCCACAUGUUCUGCAAUCUGAAAUCAUAUCAGUCCAUCCAGAUAAGGACGUUGAAUCCAUAUCGUGCAAGCUUACUCUUCAGUGAGUAUCUGCUCAGCGGUCUUGUACCUUCAGUUAGAGAGGUUAAUGAUGAGGAGCCUCUGUUUCCAGCUUUCCCCCUUUUGAUUGUAAAGCCCACAUCCGAAGAACGAUUGGACUUGCUAUCCACUGAUGCAAAGGAUGCUGCAGCACAAAUUGAUCGUCGGUUACAGCUGGGCUCCAAACCCUCCGGGUUUCUGAAAAACAGGGAAGAUGCCGUUGCUUUAUUUGAUUUAUACAAAGAUGAGGCUUAUAUCCUGACAGAGCUCGAAGGAAGAUAUUGUGUGGCAUUAAAAGAGAGCUCAUCCCCACAAGACAUGCUGAGGUCAUUGUAUCAUGUCUGUUAUUUGUACUGGUUGGAGAAAAAUGCGGGAAUAAAGUCGAGCAGUAUCGUAGACGAUUGCAGAGCAGGGGGGAAGCUUCAAAUAUCUUUGGAAUAUGUGCAAAGGGAAUUCAACCAUGUCAAAAAGGAUAGUGAGGUUGCAGGUUGGGUUUUAGAUGGCCUCAUUGCAAGGCCUCUACCGAAUCGGGUGCAGGUAGGCAAUGGAACCACAUCUUCUGCUGCAUCAUCGGGCUGACCAGAAUUGAUAUAUUGAUGGCAAGAAUAGUUCAGAAUACAAAAGAGUAGCAAAAUGUAUACUUUAAAAGCUUUAGUUAGGUAGUGGUGAGGAAUGCUUGCCACUAACGGUAGGGAGUGAUUCACAUAUUAGGUGUAAGGCGUUUUCUUGUUCAUUUAAAUAUGCAUAAACAGAGGUUUAGAGCUUAA